AUGAGUACGUUUAUCGCUUUCAGAAAGGCAGCUGCAGCUUUGCUGCGCCCUUCAGAUGCACGUAAACUUCCAAAACUCGUGUACACCUCCCUGUGGUCAACUUCUAUCCGAAACAUCAGCGUAGCGAACCGCGCUCACCCCAAGAACAACCAAAUCCCUUACGACGUUGUCCAGCUCAAAGACGCCGAUGGAACCUUACAUCACGCGCAGAAGCUUUCUAAAAUACUGGAGUCUAUGGAUUUAAACACUCACGUUCUGCGUCUCAUUGCACACGAUCCUCCUAUCGUACGCAAAUUCACAUAUGCUGAAGACCUGGCCAGGAAGCUCGAAUCCAAGGCGCAGAAGAAGGCAGUAGGAAGCAAGAGACAGCUUGUUAUUAAGGAAGCACACAUGUCAUGGCACACUGCUGGAGCUGAUUUCGACAUGAAAGUUGGAAAGAUUCGCGACGAGCUCUUGAAAGGCGAUGUGCGCAUGACAAUAGUUUUCAACCCCAAGCCCCGGGUUCGCAACCCGCCAUACCCGGCGAUGAUAGCGAAGGCAGAUGAGGCAGUAAAUAAAGUGAUCGAUGUCGGCAUUGAGUGGCGAGAGCGAGACUUCAAUAAUGGAAUCCUCAAGGUCUAUCUUCAAAGCACCGUAAAGAAGGCGAAGCUCCAAUUACUAACUCAACACGAGGUCGAAGAAGUUGCACACGAUAUUUCUGAAAGACACGAAAAGCAAGCCCUCCGGAGGAAGCGCAAAGAAGAAGAAAAUGCGAGGGCGAAAAUCCGCCGGGAGGAGGAAGCUGCAAAGAGGGCUAAGGAAUUAGCAGAGUCUGGUCUUUUCUCAUGGAUUUCGCCACUUUGA